AUGCGGGUGGGGGAUCCUGGCUCUACAGAGAGAACAGCCCAGAAAAGAAAAUUCCCCAGCCCUCCACAUUCCUCCAAUGGCCAUUCACCACAGGACACAUCAACAAGCCCUAUUAAAAAGAAAAAGAAACCUGGCUUACUUAACAAUAACAGUAAGGAGCAGGAUGGACGGAAUGAUUUCUACUGCUGGGUUUGUCACCGGGAAGGCCAAGUCCUUUGCUGUGAGCUCUGUCCCCGGGUUUAUCACGCUAAGUGUCUGAGACUGACAUCGGAACCAGAGGGGGACUGGUUUUGUCCUGAAUGUGAGAAAAUUACAGUAGCAGAGUGCAUCGAGACCCAGAGUAAAGCCAUGACAAUGCUCACCAUCGAACAGUUGUCCUACCUGCUCAAGUUUGCUAUUCAGAAAAUGAAACAGCCAGGGACAGAUGCAUUCCAGAAGCCCGUUCCGUUGGAACAGCACCCUGACUACGCGGAAUAUAUUUUCCAUCCCAUGGACCUUUGUACAUUAGAAAAGAAUGCUAAAAAGAAAAUGUAUGGCUGCACAGAAGCCUUCCUGGCUGAUGCAAAAUGGAUUUUGCACAACUGCAUCAUUUAUAAUGGGGGUCCUGAUGUACACAGGUACCCCUGCUAG